CUCCUCCCCGCGCUGCCUGGGCGAGCUGCUGUCGCCUCCGCUGCCACUCGCCUCAGGGCUCCGGAGCACACGGACCAGGCUGCAGGGAAGAGCGCUGCUGCCAGUUUAAAUCUACUGACAUAAAUUUUAAAAGGAAAAAAUCCAGAAAGCCUUUUUGCAGGAAGACAAGAAAGUGCAUGAGCGAAGACACAGCCAGGACUCUUCUGCAGGUGGUGGUGACAUACAGAAGUUUCUUUGCCUUUGGAAAGAAAAGACCUGUGUAGUAUAUUAAUUUAGGUGUAUGUGCAUUAUCCCCCUUCUUCCCCCCAGAAGUUGUCUGGGCUGCAAAGCAGCGGGGAGGCAGCAGCUGCUUGUCUCGGGCAACAGAAGAUUAUGGUGGCACAACAGAAGCAGCCGCGGCAGCAACAGCAGCAGCAGCAGAGUUGGUCUGUGAAUAUGUUUUCUGAUUAAAAUCAGCAUUGGAAAGUGCACCUGAAGAUUCAGCAGCUAGGCAGGAAUUGAUAAAAGAGGGAAACAUUUUAAGGGGGGAAAAGGGAGGGCGGCACUAGGUUUUGUGUGUGCCUGUGGGAGUGGGGUUUGGUUAUCAUGGCGGAUCGGACAGCUCCUAGAUGCCAGCUCCAUCUGGAAUGGGUUUACGGGUACAGGGGUCACCAGUGCCGCAACAACCUGUACUACACGGCAGGCAAGGAGGUGGUUUACUUCGUGGCUGGAGUCGGGGUGAUUUAUAACACCAGAGAGCACACCCAGAAAUUCUUCUUGGGACACAACGAUGAUAUUAUCAGCCUGGCUGUACACCCAGAUAAAACCUUAGUUGCUACAGGACAGGUUGGGAAGGACCCUUACAUUUGCAUCUGGGAUUCCUACAGUGUACUGACUCUUUCUAUUCUUAAGGAUGCGCAUACGCAUGGAGUUGCCUGCUUGGCUUUUGAUUCAGAUGGCCAGUGUUUAGCCUCAGUGGGACUGGAUGCCAAAAAUACAGUGUGUAUUUGGGACUGGAAGAAAGGAAAACUACUAGCAACAGCUACUGGCCAUUCAGAUAGGAUUUUUGAUAUUUCCUGGGAUCCAUAUCAGCCAAACAGAAUGGUUAGCUGUGGAGUGAAACAUAUAAAGUUUUGGACGUUGUGUGGAAAUGCACUGACAGCAAAAAGAGGAAUAUUUGGCAAAACAGGAGAUCUCCAAACUAUCCUUUGCUUAGCAUGUGCAAAAGAAGAUGUCACGUACUCUGGUGCUUUAAAUGGAGACGUCUAUGUUUGGAAAGGGCUAAACUUAGUCCGCACAAUUCAAGGAGCUCAUAGUGCUGGAAUUUUUAGUAUGUAUGCUUGUGAUGAAGGUUUUGCCACUGGUGGGAGAGAUGGUUGUAUUCGGUUAUGGGACAUCGAUUUCAAGCCAAUAACUAAAAUUGAUCUCAGGGAGACUGAACAAGGAUACAAAG